UACACGCAACGUACCCGCGCCCAGUCGCACCCGACUUCUAAGCGGAGUAGUUGUUUACAAACGGCAACCUUCAGCUGGUUGACGCUAUUCUGUCCCUUUAAAUGUUGUCUAUUUGAAGUUCUGUUGCACUGUGCGGUAUGGGAAGCCUAACGCCUGAAACAACCAGGAUCAUGGAUGAUCCAGAAACGCCAAAUAAGUUGGACACUGAGGCAGUUAACUUGCCUGAUUUGAGUUCAGCGAAGAAAAAUUAUCUUAACAAGUCCACAACACUUCCAGAAGGCUCAACAGUGGUGUCAGGGUGUUUGUCAACCGCAGUCUGACGCUGGGAAACAUCAAGUGCUAUGGCUUUGACAUGGAUUACACCCUGGCCAUGUACAAGUCCCCGGAGUAUGAAGCCCUGGGCUUUGAGCUGCUCAGAGACCGGCUGGUGUCCAUUGGCUAUCCCCACGAGCUGCUCCGAUACUCAUAUGACCCAGAAUUUCCCACCCGUGGGCUGGUGUACGACACCAUGUAUGGGAACCUUCUGAAGGUGGAUUCCCAUGGCAACAUCCUGGUGUGCACUCAUGGUUUCACCUAUCUGAAAGGUGAGGAAAUCCAUGAGUACUACCCCAACAAGUUCAUCCAGAGAGAUGACACAGAGCGCUUCUAUAUUCUCAACACUCUUUUUAAUCUGUCAGAGACAUACCUGUACGCAUGCCUGGUGGACUUAUUCACCAACUGCACACGAUACAAAAACUGCGCGCGGGGAUUCCAGCAUGGAGAUCUCUUCAUGUCCUUCACAAGCAUGUUUCAGGAUGUCAGGGAUGCUAUGGAUCAUGUGCAUGACACAGGCUCCCUGAAGGAAAGAACCAUAAAGAAUUUGGAUAAGUACGUGGUGAAAGACCCGAGGAUCCCAAUUCUGCUGAGCCGUGUUAAAGAAGUGGCCAAAGUAUUCCUGGCAACAAACAGCGACUAUAGGUAUACUGAGGCCAUUAUGAUUUAUUUGCUAGAAGUCCCUGCUAGUCCAAGGACUAGCCAACCAAAGAGAUCCUGGCGGACUUAUUUUGACCUGGUUGUUGUGGACACACGGAAACCCUUAUUCUUUGGUGAGGGGACAGUUCUGAGGCAGGUGGACACGCUCUCAGGAAAGCUCCGCAUCGGGACAUAUACGGGAGAUCUGCAACACGGGACAGUCUACUCAGGAGGCUCCUCUGAUAUUGUGUGUGACUUGCUGGAUGUGAGGGGGAAGCAGAUUCUGUAUGUGGGAGACCAUGUCUUCACAGACAUCCUUAAGUCCAAGAAGCGGCAGGGCUGGAAGACGUUCCUAGUGGUGCCUGAACUCAUCAAGGAGCUCCAAGUCUGGACAGAUGAGAGAUAUUUGUUUGAGGAACUGAAGAGUAUGGAUAUCUACUUGGCUGAAUUCUACAAACAUAUGGACAGUGGUAGCCAAGAGCGCCCAGACAUCAGUGCCAUCCAGACCAGGAUGAAGAAAGUGACGUACGGUAUGGACUUGUGCUAUGGGAAGAUGGGCAGUUUGCUACGCUUUGGCUCGGCCAAGACGCUGUUCGCCAGCCAGCUGCUCCGCUACGCUGACCUGUACUCGUCCACCUGCCUCAACCUGCUCCACUACCCCUUCAGCUACGCCUUCAGAGCCCCUCUCGUCAUGAUGCCCCAUGAGUCGGCAGCAGACGCCAUCAAAGAACGCUCCUCCUCCUCAGAACACUCUCUGUUCAAUCACAUGCUGAAGAAGGUGGACGUCAAGAAACCCCACCCGGAGAACCCGAUAGCAUUAACUGAGACAUGAGGAUGUUUGUGUGUGUGUGUGUGUGUGUGUGUGUGUUAAUGUUCGAUGUUAAUAACAUUAGUAUGUAGUAUGAGUCUCUAUGUGUGUUUGUUGAGAGAGAGAGAGAGAGAGAGAGAGAGAGAGAGAGAGAGUGAUAAAGAGAGGAAGAGUGAGUGACCGCAUGUUUAGCAUUGAAUUGAAUUGAAGAUGAUUUUGUGCACUAUGUUUACAUACAAGGGCUAGGAGAUGACCACCUUUUGUGCAUAGUGGACAUUUGGUUGUGUUAGUUUCAUACUAACCCCAGCUGAAUUAGCUAUGAGUCUGUGACUGUAUUUUCAGAAUAGUUGUUGCUUAAUAUAAGGAAAUUGAGUUUAAUUGAAGUUAGUGUGUUACAUUUGUUACAAUAAAUUAACAAUACGUUUGUUUGACUUUGUUGACAAAAUGUCUUUCUAAAUGGCUUUUCACUGUUUAGAUAAAAUACAUUAAUAAUGUUUAGGCUACAUUACAUUCUUACAUCACACACAGCAUAUACAAUCAAAAGGUUCAGCAUAGAGAUCAUACAAAUUCAUUUUAGGACAGUCCUUCACAUAUCUGCGAGGCAGAGUAAUAAGAGUAGUUUUUUCACACCAUAUAUAAUGUCUAUUCUUAGGCCAUUGCUUUUUUCAAACUUUAUUUUCAAAAUGAACUUUCGCACUGCUGAUUACGCAUGCUGAUCAUUCUUGUAAAGCUCACAGUGAUUUCACAUAACAUUGGGCUUUUUUUUUUAACCAGACUUUCAUCCUUUUUAGUGUGACCAAUUUGUUUUUUUGAAGAUAAAUGAAUAUUUUAUAAUCAUGUGCUGUCUUUUAUAAAUUGAUCAUCUUGAGCCAGAUUAUGUGUUGAAGACGCUGGUGCAUUAAUUUGUAACAUUCUAAAAUGGUAGAAUCAUGAUGGUUUGACUGUAUAGUCCAUACACGAAGUGAAGUCGAGAAAAACACGCAUAUUCCCUAUACAUCAAGAAUGUUUUUAUCAGCCCCUCAUGCUCCCCUACGGACGACCAUUUGGCCUCUAGAUGGCGAUAGAAACACACACGGCGUAACGAUAAUCUCUGCAUGAGAAUGACACCCCCCCCCUUAAUUAGAAUUAAUAAGCAAUUAUCAUAGGCUACUUGUGUGCCGAUAUCGUCCACAUCCUAGAAUGUUAUUUCUGAGUUAUUGAUAAAUAAAGACAAUGUGUAUGUAUAUAUUUGCAAUUUAUUAAAUAAACAUCAUAAUAUAAUUUA